UGUGGCACAUUGGACUGGCCCAUAAGCGUGUUUGUAUUUCGCUGUUUCAGGUUGUCUCCCCAUUUUUUCGUUUAGACCAAGCACAGCAGACCCCGCCAACACAAAACGGCUUCUUACAAGCACAUAGAGCUGUACGCUGAUACUAAUCUAAAACUAGUUCACUGUCCGGAACUAUGGUCAAUAUUGGAGCGGGCCACGACACGUGACGUCAUUCUCCACCUUCAUGUCCAGCAGAAGAAGCGUGAGUCGAGCUGAAAGUCUGAUUAUCUCCACACAGCGAGGCUGAAACCCGCUUCAGCAUUUCGGCAUGGGCAAGAAGAAGGCCACAGGCCUCGGGAGAGCCCUGAUUAAAGAGAGACUGGGCGCAGGCCGGACCAGCAGGAGAAACGAUACAUGGCUUCAUACUAGUGAACUGAAUGAUGGAUAUGACUGGGGACGCCUGAAUCUUCAGUCUGUCACAGAGCAGAGCUCUUUGGAUGAUUUCUUGGCCACAGCUGAACUUGCAGGAACUGAAUUUAUUGCAGAGAAGCUGAACAUCAAGUUUGUACCAGCUGAAGCCAGGACUGGUCUACUAACAGCUGAGGAGUACAAAAGAAUCAAGAAACUACAUGAAGACAAUAGGCAGUUUCUUCGUAUACCAAGAAGACCACAUUGGGAUGAGAAUACAAGCCCUGAGGUCCUCCAGCAAGCUGAAAGAGACUGCUUCUUGACAUGGAGACGAGAGCUGGCAAGGCUGGAAGAAGAACAGAAAUUGAUUCUUACCCCUUUUGAGAGGAACCUGGAUUUUUGGAGACAGCUCUGGAGAGUCAUUGAGAGAAGUGAUGUUGUGGUCCAGAUUGUUGAUGCAAGAAACCCUUUGCUGUUCCGCUGUCCAGAUCUAGAGAAAUAUGUAAAAGAAGUGUCCAGUCACAAGGUGAACAUGCUGCUUUUGAACAAAGCGGAUCUGCUUACCCGAGAGCAACGACGAGCCUGGGCCAGGUACUUUCAAAAUGAAGGCAUCAGAGCAGUGUUCUGGUCCGCCCUGGCUGAGGCAAAGAGGCUGGAUUGUGAAGAGAGGGGAGAAGAUGUGGGUGAAAAUGAGGAGCUAAGUGAUACAGAACAUAACGAGGCCACAGAGAUCUCCUCCGUCGGCCAUAGUAGAACUGAAACCUCGCCAGAGGAGAGUGAAGAUGAUGGUAAGCAUGCUGGUGAGGAUGAUGAAGAGGCGAGUACAGAACAGAUAUUUGAGGACUGUACUUCAGAAGCAGACUGGCAAACAUGCUCAGAGGCAUCGGGAGAUGAAGGGGAGGAAGAGCAGUGUAAAGGUUCUUCAGAUUGCUCUUCUUUUUAUAACUCAAGCCGUCUGCUGCGCAAAGAUCAACUGUUGGACAUGUUUAAAUCUGUACAUUCUGGACCCAGAUGCAAGGAGGGACAACUUACAGUAGGACUGGUGGGUUAUCCUAAUGUUGGUAAAAGCUCCACCAUCAACACCAUUUUCAGGAAUAAGAAAGUCUCUGUGUCAGCUACACCAGGACAUACAAAGCACUUUCAGACUCUGUUUGUUGAACCUGGACUGUGCCUUUGUGACUGCCCUGGCCUGGUCAUGCCUUCCUUUGUUUCCACCAAAGCUGAGAUGAUCUGCAGUGGGAUUCUCCCCAUCGACCAGAUGCGAGACCAUGUCCCAGCUAUUUCUCUCGCGUGUCAGACAAUUCCGCGAGCUGUGCUGGAGGGAACUUAUGGCAUCAACAUUAUUAGACCAAGAGAAGAUGAGGACCCUGACCGCACACCCACCUCUGAGGAGCUGCUAACAGCUUAUGGAUAUAUGAGGGGCUUUAUGACUGCACACGGCCAGCCAGACCAGUCUAGAUCUGCCCGCUAUGUUCUGAAAGAUUACGUCAGUGGAAAGCUGCUCUAUUGUCACCCUCCCCCUCACAUCAACGCUAAAGAUUUCCAGCCUCAGCACUUGAAGUUUGCGAUGCAAGACAUUAAGGGUGAUUCUGGCACUCAUGCUGUCAAGCCUUCCAAAGUCAAACGGAUUGAGAACUCUGUUGAUAAAAACUUCUUUCAUCAGGAGAACGUGCGAGCACUAACCAAAGGAGUCCAGAUGGUCAUGGGCUACAGGCCUGGCACCGGCCCUGUGGGGCAGGGAAAAGUUGACUCAGAACAGCAAGUUGGAAAGCCCUGGAAAAAGCACGGCAAUAGGAACAAGAAGGAGAAAGUAAGAAGACUCAAUAAGCACCUGGAUGCCUGAGUGCCUCCCUGUCCAGCAUAAAUUUGGGACUUCAGUAAAGGAGACACUUACAUGGAUCAUAUUUGAGCCUGUCACAGAUCAUGGGGAAUACAUUUUACUUCCUCUU